GUUUGUUCUGCAGCUUCCAUCUCAGAUUUUUCCUCUUAAACGGUACCUUUGCAGUUGCUGUUUCCUCUUUACUUGCUGCUCUCGCCGCUCCUCUUCGUCUUAUCAGAGUGGGACCAAACUUCUCUGCUAUGUGGUGGCUGCUCGGCGUUUUCAGCUUGGUGCUGGUGGUGGUGACCAGCGCCUUUUUCCUGGCUACUGGACGACGUUACGAGGUGUUCAGUGAGAAAUGUCUGAAGCCGCCGGGACCCCUGGUUACCGACAGCAAACAGAGGGAUGCCAGGCUGAAGAAAGGGUUUCAUGCAGACCGAGUCCCGGCCUCUCUGGAUGCCGUGGUGAUUGGCAGCGGCAUUGGAGGCCUAGCAGCUGCUGCACUUUUGUCCAAAGCUGGGAAGAGGGUUCUGGUCCUGGAGCAACAUGACCAGGCCGGGGGCUGCACACACACUUUCCAGAAUAAGGGGUUUGAGUUUGAUGUGGGGAUCCAUUAUCUGGGCCAGCUUCAUGAGAACAGCAUGCUGAAGAUUGCUCUGGACCAGAUCACGCAGGGACAGCUGCAGUUCACCAAGCUGGAGCAGCACUAUGACACGCUGUUCCUGGGUCAGCCCGACCAGCGCAGGGCUUACCAUAUCCAUGCAGGAAAGACAGAGAUGGCAGCUAGCCUGAAGAAGCAGUUCCCAGGAGAUGAGGAGGCCAUUGAUGAGUUCAUAAGACUGAUGAAGCUUGCCUCUCGAAGGACUCCACUUUUAGCCAUUUUGAAGAUAUUACCAUACUGGCUAGUGAACCUCCUGAUUCAGACUGGCCUUUUAGAUCGGAUAUCUUCUGUGUUUCACCUCGCAACAGCAAGCCAUUCAGAAAUGAUGUCCCUCCUCACACAGAACAAGGACUUGCAGGCUCUCUCUGCUUACCUGUUUUAUGGUGUCCCUCCUAAAGAUUCCAGUUUCCUUAUCAAUCUUCUCCUUCUUCACCAUUACAAACGUGGUGCGUACUAUCCUGUAGGCGGCGCCAGUGAAUUUGCCUUUCACAUUAUCCCAGUCAUUCAGCAAGCAGGCGGUGAAGUGUUGGUCCGGGCUCCUGUGCAGCGUAUUCUCAUCAACAGCCAAGGGAAAGCCAAAGGUGUCACAGUUCUUAAAGGACAAGAAGAGAUUGAGAUCUAUGCCCCUGUUGUCAUUUCCAAUGCUGGUAUCUUCAACACCUUUCAGAAAUUUCUACCUCAGCACAUACAGGACAACCCAGAGGUCCAGUCCUUGUUGGGUAUGGUCCGUCAUGGUAUGGGUUCCUUCUUAGCCUUUGUUGGUCUCAAUGGAACCAAAGAAGAGCUGGACAUCGUUUCCACCAAUUUUUGGAUGUAUAAAGACAAUGAUUUGGACACACUUAUGGAGAGAUACUCUUCACUAAGUAGAGAUGAGGUAUUGGGAAACAUCCCCAUGAUGUUCAUUACCUUUCCAUCUGCUAAAGACCCCACAUCCAGUAUCAGACACCCAGGUAAGUCUUGUAUGACAUUGUUAACCAUGGCUCGCUACGAGUGGUUUGAAGAAUGGGAGGGAACAAAACUUGGAAAGAGGGGUCAGGACUAUCUGAAUCUGAAAAACAGCAUGGCCCAGGAACUGCUGGAUUGGGCCUUAAUCAUCUUCCCUCAGCUGCGAGACAAGGUAGUAAUGUUGGAAGCUGCCACCCCUCUAACUAACGUACAUUAUUUGGGUGCACCAAGAGGUGAGAUGUAUGGUGCUGAACACAACUUGGAGCGCUUCAACCCCGAAACAAUUGCUAAGACGCGACCUCAAACACCGAUCAAGGGGCUCUACUUGACAGGUCAGGACGUGUUCUGCAACGGCAUGGCUGGGGCUCUGCAUGGCGGACUCCUCUGUGCGUCAGCUGUGCUCAAUCAGGUCCUCUACAUUGACCUUCUAGCCCUAAAAAUACGACUCAAACACAAGCAGACCAAUCAUAAGAAAACUUUGUAACAACAGGAGUGGAUGCUGACCCUGGUCCUCUACUGCAUGCAAGAUGAUGCCAGUUAGCAAAAACGAUUUUUAAAAAAGAAAUAAAAUUUAUUUCAGAAAUGUGUAAAAUAUUGAACAUCUUUAAAUGUCUUUCAAAGGGUUUUAUGUCUGUUUCCUGGAGGCAACUUUGGACCAAAAUUUUAAUGCAGCCAUGUUGAUUCCAUAAUUGUAUGUUUUUGCAUGAGGACAACAGUUGUAUUUUAACAAGUUUUCAUUUUUAAUAAGCAAUUUAAAGGUGUAAAACUAUCAAAAAUAAAUGUUUACUCCUUUUAGUUUGAAUGAAAUUAUGUUUUUUGACCCUUUGUGUGGCGCAAAAUAGCAAAGCUGUUUCCUUUCAGCCAUAAAGGGUUUUAGUAUGACUUCCUGAGAGUCAUGUGACACACGAAUCUAUUGUCUCUCUUCCUUUAUUUUAAAA